UGUGAAACCAAAGGCAGGAUGUGUGCAGGUCCUUCCACCUUUAUAAACAUUAAACCUUAAAAGUCAUUAAAAGGUCUUAAAGUCUUAAACAAAUAUUUUAUCUAAUGACAUUUCAUUUAUUUGUCCUUUUAAUUUCUUUUUGUCAAAACAAGAGAAAGUCCAUGUUUCUAAUGUUAGAAAUCUUAAACCUGUCACUGAAUCUAAUGCCAUCUUUUUACACUACACUUGUAUUUACCUGAUGGCAGAAUAUAGAUGAACCUGAUUCACAUAUUCAACAUAUUCACACACAUUUCUCACUCCUAUAUAAAAACUGUAUGGGAUCAGGUGUUGUCUGUCGUCACCUGAGUAAGACAACAAUGAAUUGCCCAAAAAAGUUUUAGAUCUGGUUAAAAAUAUCUUUAAAAUCUUUAAAUGUAAUGCCUGUAAACAUAUAUUAACACUUAAUUUCACAUUAACAGAUAAGAAGAAAACGAUGGUACUUUCGAUUCGAAUCAUGGUGAAAACAGACAGAGUGUUCAGUUGGUUCAUUCCCAUUUAAUUCUUAAAACAAACAGAGGAACAUAUAUAAAGAAUAAAGCUGAUAAAUGUGUUGAAGCACAGAUCAGAGAUCAGUGGAAGGAGGCAGAUACUUCGCCGUCCUGCAGACACACACUGUAUCUGAGCUGCUCAGGAAAUGAAACUGAAAUUUAAGGUGCAGACUUACAGUACCUGUGAUCUGAGUUUCAGUAUGAGUUGUUUUCACUCACCAGUAGAAACACAGAUUUAUACCAUAGUUCUUAGUAAAUAAUGCAGCAGGUAAUUAAUGCAGGUCUUAAAAAACAGGGGUUUUAAUCUCAGUUAGGUUUUUAAAAAAUAAUUCUGAGGAGUCAGAGUAACAAUAACUGUUAGACUUUGGUGUCUCUCACCUGAACUCAGGAAUGCUGCUGGGUGACUUGCUGCAGGGAGGGACGGACGCACAGGUAGAGAUCGUCGUCCUGGUGCAGUCAAAGUCUUUUCUUCAUCACAUCACAGCAGUUAUGGUUUCCAGAGCCUUGUCCGGUCUUGUGUGUGUUUUCGGUGUGAUCCUGCUCCCGGCCGUGUGGGCUGCUUUCUGCAGCAGCCACUGGGACGACAACGGUCACCACCAUGAGUCCUUCCAGUGUGGCACAAUGCACUGCUGUGGAGGAUGCAACAAAAAGUACUGCUGCUCCGAACAGGAAAACUAUCUGAGUCAAGAAGACUGUCCUGAAAGAGACAAUACCAAACACAUAUCUCUUCCAGCUGUGGGAGGCAUCGUGUCUGUUUUCCCCGUCGUCUUCUGUGUGGCUCUGGUCGUCUGCUUUGUGUGUCCCUGCUGCAUGCUUCACCAGAGGUGUUGUAAAAGACGCCGGCGACACCAACAGAUCGUGAUAAACCCCACCGACGUGCCCCUGCAGACGGGCUCUCCCUCUGGGUACCAGCUGUUCUACCUGGGCUACCAGCCUGUUCCUGUCCAGCAUGGACGUGGAGGUCAACCUGUACCCACAGCACCUCCACCCUCAUACAUGGAAGCAAUGGGUCCAGCUCUCUUUCCAGGGUCAGUUCUCUCCUGGGUCAGUUCUCUGUGGGUCAGCCGAUGUACCCCCUCCAGCUUCCUGGUCAGCCUUAUGGACUUCCACUGUCUGAACUGGAACAUCCUCCGUACAACCCGUCCUAUGGUCCAAACUUCUGAACAGAUAAAAACGCUGCUCGGUGACUGCACCACCUUUCUGAUGGGAGUGUGUGAGCGAGUGUGUGGAGCAGGUUAAACAGCAGAGAUGUCAAAUUAAAUACAUUUGGUUAAAUCUAUAA